AUGGACGAAAGUGUCUUUUAUACACCUUCAACUGCAACAGAUGCAGCGGAGCUGUCAUUUUUGGCCUCCAUCAGAUCAAACAAAUCUCAUGUUCAGUUCCGUCAAUGUGCUGCCAACGCUGCUUCCAUCACCGGUACCGGUCAAGGUCACAGGUUAUUUGUAGCUUGUCCCGAAAAAGCAUUGAUACAAGUGUACCUAUGGGGAAAGGAAUCUCCUGAGCAAAAGAUGGCUGUGCCAGAGGAGCUAACCAGUUUAUUAUGGGUACAUAUAUUUGGAGCAGGAUUCUUGGUUGGUGGUGGAAAAAGUGGAAGACUGUACGUUUGGGAGUUGGCUUCUGGUUACCUGCUAAGCGCAAAAGAAGCCCAUUAUCAAGAAGUUUCAUGUUUAGAAGUCUCGCAUGAUGGCCAAGUCCUUGUUAGUGGUGGUAAAGAUUCCAGAGUUCUGAUAUGGCGUUUGGCCGAUCUGAUACAAUUCUCAUCUGAUCCUCUUCCCAAACCAAUUCACGUUCUAACGAACCAUUCAUUACCAAUCACGUCCAUAGCGCUAACUAAAGGUAUCUCUAACGACAUAAAACUGUUUACCAGUUCUUUGGACGGAGAAGUAAGACAUUAUAACGUCUCGAAUGGCGAAUUGUUGACUACUUUUAUCUUUGGAGAACCAGUAAAUGCGCUAGCUGUUGAUCCAGCGCAGAGAUACUUGUAUGCUGGCUUAUCUUCAGGAACUAUUAGACUAGUACCUCUUUUUAUUGUCAAUCACAAAAAUCAACUUGAGAGUAAUACGGGUUGCGGCAAAUUGGUUUCUGCAACUUCUGCAGACGAUCCAGAAUCUCAAUUCAUCAUUACCUCCCAUCAAGACAGUCCAGUUACAUGCUUACAAGUUUCUGCGGAUGGUGGACUCUUAGUCAGUGCAGAUUCAGCAGGAAAGGUUUUUGUCAAUGACAUAGUUUCUCGUCAAGUUGCUCGUCAACUAAGGGAUUGUUCAGGACCAAUAUCCACCUUAAGACUACUGAUAAACGAUCUGGAACGAGUAGAGCCUUCAGAUCUCUCUACAAAAGCCUCAACUCCACGCAUAUUACCGAACCUUAAGCGUUCUUUGAUCAGUGACACAGAAAUUUCCAAACAUGAUAUUAAUAUACCUGCGGCAGGGACACCAGAAGGUGAUAUUGGUAGCCUUGCGUCUGACAACGAACAACUCAAAGAACAAUUUGACCUUCGUGGUUUUUGUAACCAAGUUCGAAAAGAACAUGUUGUCUAUCAACUAAAUACCGAAGAAGAGGCAGCUGUGGAUCAAUCUGUGCAGCAGCAGCAACAAGAUACCGACGAAAAUGUCUCAACCCAACAAUAUGCCUCUCAAUUGAAGGAGAUGACCAAAGCUUAUAAUGAGCUCAAGAGAGUCCAUCAAGACUUGUACUCUGAACAUUUAAAGCUAUUAGAUAGAGAUUAA